CGGUUCCUGCGGGCACUCCGUUCCUGUUCUUGCACCGACCCGGACUCCAUGUUGUUCCGACAGCCACGGAGCGAACAAGUGCCCUGGCCGAAAACUCUCACGUUGCAACUCUGUGUGUGCGAGAAGUAAAGUGUGUGUGUGUGUGUGCGUGUGAGUGAGUGAGUGUGUUGACCCUCCUAAAGAAGAUGGCAGACUACCGGGACGACACCGGAGCUCGAGCCCUGCUUGCUUUACAGUCAGCUCCGUGCAGCCCCGUGCGCGUCGCGGUGACCUCGCACGGCUAUCACCAGCCCUCGCUCGCCCUCUUGGGUCCUCCGCUGAUGGAAGCCCGCACCGACGCCGGGAUUCGUCCCGUGCGCCUCAUGUCCCCUCCUCCGCAGGCCCUGGCCAGACUUGAGGGCCGGGACUUUGAGUUUGUCAUGCGCCAGAGGACGGUCACCAUAGGCCGGAACUCGUCUCACGGCUCCGUGGACAUCAACAUGGGUCACUCGAGCUUCAUUUCACGGCGACACUUGCAGAUCACCUACGACGAGGCGAACGGCUUCUCUCUCCGGUGUCUGGGCAAGAACGGCGUGUUCGUUGACGGGGUCUUCCAGCGGAGAGGAGCGCCGCCACUACCGCUGCCCAGAGAGUGUAUGUUUCGUUUUCCCAGUACAGUAAUCAAGAUCCAGUUCCUGUCGCUCCUGGAGCUCGAGGAGCACAGAGAGAAAGAGCAUCCAUCUCCUCCCCCUCGCCCGCUUCUGCCCCACAUUUCCCCUCUCAAAAUCAGCAUUCCCACAGUGCAGCAGCAUGAAGAGCACAUCAGGGCGUUUGGCUCUCCGCUGCCCUCGCCCACAGGCACCAUCAGUGUUCCUAAUUCCUGUCCGGCCAGUCCACGAGGGGCAGGGUCAUCAGGGUAUCGCUAUGGACGCAACGUGACCUCUGACCUCCAGUUAGCAGCUGAAUAUGCUGCCAAGGCUGUUUCUGAGCAGAGACGAAGCAUUGUUGAGCAGAGAGGAGGGGGAAGUGAGCAAAGAGGGGAGUCAGCUGGCGGUGACAGCCCCAAGGAUGAGUCCAAGCCACCUUAUUCCUAUGCGCAGCUGAUAGUCCAGGCUAUCUCUUCUGCACCGGACAAACAGCUGACUCUUAGUGGCAUCUACGCCCACAUCACCAAACACUACCCUUACUAUCGUACAGCAGACAAAGGCUGGCAGAACUCGAUCAGACACAACCUGUCCCUCAACCGCUACUUUCUGAAAGUGGCCCGCUCUCAGGAUGAGCCUGGGAAAGGGAGUUUUUGGCGUGUGGAUUCUGCCUCCGAGAGCAAGUUGGUGGAGCAAGCCUUCAGGAAACGACGGCAAAGAGGGGUGGCUUGCUUCAGGACGCCCUUUGGACCUCUCUCCUCCAGGAGUGCCCCUGCAUCCCCAACCCAUCAGGGACUUCUUUCUCCUCCAUCCAGUGGGCUUCAGACUCCUGAAUGUUUGAGCAGGGAGGGCUCUCCUAUCCCCCACGACCACCACGAGCAGCUGGCUAACAAACUGGCAUCUGUACCUGAGUAUAGGUACUCUCAGAGCGCCCCAGGAUCUCCAGUCAGCGCUCAGCCUGUCAUCAUGGCAGCGCCCCCUCACCCAUCAGUCUUGCCCUCAGGCCUGGGGAAAGCCCUUGCUUUAGUUCCAGGUGGCGGCGGCCAAGUCCAGCCCAUCCACGUGCUCCAGAACUCCCCUCAGUCCUCUGUCACUAUGCUGCGGGUGGUCACCAGCGCUCCCCCACCUUCCAACCCUCCAAAUGGGUACAGCGCCCCUUCUGUUGGCACUUUGUCAGGACUACAAGGAGGAGCGGACAGCAACAGUGAGCUCAGAGAAGCCCAGCUGAACAGAGAGCGAGUGAUUCAGACGGUGGACAGCGCGGUGCAGGGCGGGGAUGGACGUAACCUGGCCCCUGGUUUACAUCAACUUCCUGUUCGUCCUGUUACCCAGAAUGGAAAACACACCACUGCUGUUGUUGCCACAGCAACCAGCCUUGCUAAUGCCUCAGGCCUGAGUAGUCCUCUCCAGAUCUUGGCUGCCCAGGCCUCCAGCUCCCCUCCAGUGCUGGUGAGCAGACAGCCCAGUGCAGAAACUUUAGCCGAGCAGCCAGAUGAGCCCCAGGCCAAGCGGCUGAAGAUGGAGGACGAGGGAGGGACUGAACCUGCUCCGCAUCAAGUCACACCUGCCCAGCAGCCCGUUAUCGUUGCCAUGACAUCACAAACCCACGACCCUAGGAAGUAAAACCUAGGGCUUCUUACCAGGUACCUAAUGGACAGCCUCCUUAUCAUCCCCCUAACUGCUUCGCCUUUUAUACUCAUUUGAUAUGACUGCAGCCGACAUGGCCAAAAAAUGUACAGGCAGCCUCUCUCAACAGAAGGGAAUUUAAUCGUAAGGAUCAUAUAUUUUGGUCAAAAAUAGAUGAAAACUUUUCAAAUACUUUCUGACUUUAAAAAGUAAUUUUUUUCAGGAUUUUUCAGCUUUACAGUCUUUUUAAUGUAAUCCAUUAUUCACUGACAACACAAACGAGUAAGGACAUUAAGCUUAUGAGAGCGUUAUGCAUAUUAAAAUCACUUCAGCACUACUUAUUCUAUACGAACGGUUGAGGAUAUCUCAGAUACGACCUUUCCUCUAGUUGACGGAUCAGAAGCAUCGGUUACUAUCACUCUCAGGCCAAAGAACUCACCUCUCCUCACUUCUGAUCAGACUCACUGCCUGGUUUAAAACCAGGGACGGUGUGUUCAGAGAUCUGAAUGGCCUUCGUUCACAGAAGAAGCUGUGAUGAUCAGAGUUGAUAUAUUGUGUAGUUAAACACAGCUGUGGACAGCACGGUAGAGAGGGCUUAGCUACAUAUGCUCAUACCAAGCUGAUGGUGCUUGGGAGACUGUUAUGAAUAUGAUUGUACUCCUCAUUAAGUCAGUCCUUACAGAAUUAUGCGGGAGAAGAAAUAUAACAAGUUUUCUCUCUCAGAAAAGAAAUGAAAGAUGUUUAUUUUAAGGCCAAGACCAGAAUGUGAGGUGUCUCUUCCUCUUGCCUUCUCUGUAAAGCACUCUUGGAAAAAAAAAAGAAGGAUGAGUCUUUGAAGAAGAGAAAUCGAGGAAUAAACAAAGUUCAAACCAGCAGUUUGCAGUUCUCGCUUCACUUCAGCUCAGCUCAGUUUGGUUUAUCAGUGUGAAGCUCCUCAGAUUCGGGAUAUUUCUGGGCGAUUGGGCAGCGGAGUUGCAGAGAAGGGCAAAAAAAAAAAAAAAAAAAAAAAAGGAGGGCAACUAUUUGGAGUUGACUGAAGUGGAGCUAACCCUAAUGUAGACAAACUGAUUGUUGUUUUAAUUUUUUUUUUCUUGUUUCAGUAGUGGUAAGAGGAGAAAUGGAACAGCCUGUGCGUACAGUUUUGUUUGUUUGUCUUAGCACAGAGAAGCAUUAUUGUAAUAAUCCUUAAAGCCUUAAAUAUUUCUACUUUUUUUUUUUUGUCAUUUUAAUUUUAACCUUUAGAGAGCUUUACCUUUUUUUUUUUUUUUUUUAGAAUGUUAACACAGCGCUUCUUUAACAGUACACGAUCGGCGACACUACAGCGGUGACAAUUAUGUUGCAUCAGUAGACUUGUAUCAGUUUUUAUCAGAGGAAGGGCGGGACCAACACAUGACCACACAAAUUUCAUCUGCUCUCGUCUUUUUUUUCUUUCUUUCUUUCUUUCUUUCUUUCUGUAUGGUACUUUUGACACUUUCUCUAUUCUUGGCUCCUCAUUCUUUUGCUUUCAAUUUUCCCUCAAGUCAAUUACCCCCCUUUUCCCCCUUCUACCUCUCUCUCCCUCUCCUCAGCGAGCAGUCUCUACAGAGGCAUCAAGCUGUUGGCAAUUCCUGUCACAGACUCUGCCUUAAUUAGAUAUUCUUCAGCACUUUCUCCCCCCUCUCUAAUCUCUCAUUCUCACUCUGCCUUUAGCUUUUUUCCGAAUGUCCUCACACAGGCCUCAUUUUUUUUUAGCUGGCAAUCAGGCACAAUUUGCGCAAGAUUUCAGUGAUUGUUGUUGCACAUUAUUAGAAAAAAAAAAGAAAAAAAAAGAUGCGUAAUGAUUGUAUGCUGCUCUAUCUGCUAAAUGACAAAGCUAUUUAGAAGGUAUUUUUUCUUAUUUUGAAAAAAAAGAAAAAAUAUUUUGCUAUAUGUAAAAACAGCUGUCAUCAAUACGUAAACAUUCUGGAAAUAGAGAAGUAUAUGUAUUUUUAAAUGUUCCUGUUUUUGUGAUUUGUUAAAAUGUGUAGCACAAAUUAAAUUCCUCAUUGACUUAAA